UGUUGUCUGUGAUCUAGGAGACAAAGCAAGGUCAGUCGGAGAAGAAAAAGUUGCAAACUCUUUAAUCGGCAAGGUUUUGUCCACAAAACCGGUCACAAGCUGAUAAGAGAAGAGUUAUGGCUGGGGGUCCCUGGAAUUACUUAGACUGCUUAAUCGUUUUGGAGAGUCCUGAAGGAAUUGGGGAUCACACGAGUAUGGCUUUUGAUAAAACUGAUUUCUGGAUUCAAAUCCACAACCUACCUAUUAUCUGUCUCAAUAGGGAAGCCGGUUUGAAUUUGGGAUCUCAGAUUGGAGAAGUAAUCGAAGUAGAUCCUGGAGCAUCAGGGGAUUGCCUUGGUAAAUAUAUGAGGGUGAGGGUAACAGUUGACAUUACCAAACCUUUGAAGAGGGGGCUAAAGGUCAAAGUGAACUCUGAAGGAGCUAUUGUUAUGGCGUUACUCAGAUAUGAACGACUGCCGGAGUUCUGUUUUAAAUGUGGUAUUAUCGGACAUCCCCUACUUGAGUGUGAUGUGAAUUUAAACUCUAAAGUUAACGUGUACAAGUAUAAUGAGCUGAUUAGAGCUGGGCCGAUCGGUGUGCUGAGAAAUAAAGGGAAGAAACCCCGCUCAAAUGCAAAUAGUGACGACGGCGGCAGUGAUGGAGGAGCUGGCUCAGCUACUCAGAUGAAGAUAACGGAGCAGGCGGCUGAAAUCUCUACCAUGGACUCAAGGAGUAAACGACUGAGAAGCAUGGCCGGAAGUCAGGCUGAGGACGGUGGAGGGAGAAAAUCAGUUCCGACGAUGGCGGAGAGAGGGAAUCUUCAAACUAAAUCAACCAAUUUGGUAGAUAGAGAGAAUCGUGGAGUAAAUAUCGUACUGCCUAUUUUGAAUAAGGAAAUGGAGGGUGAUAAGGCAUGUGCAAAUGGGAAAUCUGCCGAUAAUGAAGGAAUUAAGUUGGUUAGUGAAGAUUUGAUUGAGAUUGAGGUGGGUAAGGUAACAGAAAUAAAAGGAAAGGAAAUUAUGGCACAAUCUAAUUUUCCUUUUCAAAAAUAUGAUAUUGAAAAAAUGGGCUAUUUGGGAUCAAGGCCCAGGAUAGGAAAGAAAGGGCUUAAGGCAACUAUUACAACUAUAAGCCCAAAAAAGAAAAUAGGGAAGAGUUCAAGGAAGAAAAUGCUAGGAGUAACUCCCAUUAACGACUGUUUUGGUGAAACUGAGGCUCUGAUUUUGCGAAACUUUGAAGGAAAAGAAGGUGAUUCUUCUAACUAUGAACCAACGGAAAAUCAAUGGAUUAAUGAGAAAGAUGUUCCUGUGGUUGUUGUUUCAACGGUGAAUUCUGCGAUGCAGGACCACCUAGAUCAUUGAUCAUUAGGCAUGGAACGUUCAGAGAUUAGACUCUACUAGAACGUUCCGAAAACUGUGCGAGCAUGUUAAUAAAAUCAAGUCUAAUAUUAUUUGGGUGACCCAUUUGGUGGUUAGUAAAACCCUAGUCGAUGACUGUAUUUAUACAGCUCUCAUCAUCUCUAUUAGAAUAGUUCACUCAAUAUGUUGAGGAAUCAUUCUUCUUUGUAAUUUUUAUUAUUUUAAUGAAAAUUUUAGCCUUCGAGAA